AAAUAUGCCUCCUCCAUGCAAAAAUUGGCAACUACGUAUUGGGUGGAGAAUAACUUGAACACCAAAAGUUCAACAUACUCCAGGAUAGAAUGGAUUAAAUCUCAUUGCGAGGAGUACUUUCUAAAUGGUGAAAAACAAAAGUAUGAUACAAGGGAAGAUGAUAUUAAGUCGAAAAUAGAUGCAAGCUUUGUGACAACUGUUCCUGAAGAUUAUAACACGAACGCUGCAUACAAGAAGGAUCAACUACCGAAAUGUUACGACAAAAAUACAGAAAAGACAGAUAAAAUAUGUUUUCUAGAUGUAGGAAGCUGUUAUAAUCCUUUUGGAGAUACAGAUAUGUUUGAUGUAACUGCAAUAGAUUUGAAUGGUUUGCCAGACAGAGUUUUAUGUUGUGAUUUCUUAAACGUUCAAAUUGGGGAGGAGCAAAUAUUGUCUGAUGAUAAACAAGAGAUCUUGCAAUUGUCUAAAAACUCUUUUCAUGUAAUUGUAUUUUCUUUAUUUCUCGAAUAUUUACCCUGCCCUAAGCAAAGAUACUUAUGUUGCAAGAAAGCUUAUGAAUUGUUAAGAGAUAGUGGUAUACUUUUUAUUAUAAGCCCCGACUCAAAGCAUGUUGGCGCAAAUGCAAAAAUUAUGAAAUCAUGGAGAUAUGUUUUAAGCAAAUUAGGAUUUAUGAGAAUAAAAUAUGAGAAACUUCGGCAUAUACACUGUGUAAUAUUUAGAAAGUGUGUAUUUGUCGAUGUUGCAAUAAGAUGGGCGAAUUUGCAAAAGUUGCCUGAUGACGAUCCAUUAUAUGCAAAUGAUACUUCGAUUUAUAUUCCACAAGAUUUUCGGAAUGAAUCGAAUGAGGAUAAAGAGCAGGAUAAUCAUAAAUACGAUCGUGAGGAAUUAACGUUUAUGUUUAAUGAACUGCCUUUCGAAUAAAAUAACGAACAGAAAAUUGUUCAUUAUUAUACAGUUC